AGCCCCCUAGAGCCAAUGGCGGGACGCGGAGCGAAAGAGGGAAGGCGGGGGAGAGGAGGUGCCUUCCCUCCUCGCCGACAAGAUGGCGGCAGUGGCGACUGUGGUGGGGUUGAUGGCGCCAACGGCUUUGUUUCUUCUCAGCGCUUGAAGCUGGCCGCCCCCGGCCCGGGAGCGAGGGACAGCGACGGAGACAUGACCACGGAGCCCGCGAGUGAAAGCAAGUUGAAUACAUUGGUGCAGAAGCUUCAUGACUUCUUGGCUCACUCAUCAGAAGAAUCGGAGGAUGCAAAUUCUCCUCCAAGAUUAUCUAUGAGUAAAAAUACAGAUUGUGACAAAAUGCCUGGAAAUCUUCCAGCUCCAGUGGAAAACAACAAGGAAGAGGGUAGUAGCUCUUCUGAAAGAUCCAAAUCAUUAGGAUCAUCACGCUCCAAAAGAAAACCCACAGUUGUAACAAAAUAUGUUGGUUCAGAUGAAGAACAAACUUUAGAUGAAACCAUGACUCAAGAUAUUUCAAAUGAAAACUCGGAAAAUGAAGUUGAUAUGAAAAGUUUGCCAAAAGGAACUAUUGUUGUACAACCAGAGCCAGUACUUAAUGAAGACAAAGAUGACUUUAAAGGACCUGAAUUUAGGAACAGAAAUACUGCUAAACUAAAACUAGAAGCUCAGAAGAAGCGAGGAGAGGAAGGGCUUCAUGGAAUUGUUAGCUGCACAGCUUGUGGUCAGCAGGUGAAUCACUUUCAAAAAGAUUCUAUCUACAGACAUCCUACAUUGAAGGUUCUUAUAUGUAAGACUUGCUUCAAAUAUUAUAUGAGUGAUGACAUCAGCCGUGAUGCAGAUGGAAUGGAUGAACAGUGUAGAUGGUGUGCUGAAGGUGGAAACUUAAUUUGCUGUGACUUUUGCCAUAACGCAUUCUGCAAAAAAUGUAUAUUGCGCAAUUUAGGCCGAAAGGAGCUGUCAACCAUAAUGGAUGAAAAUAAUCAAUGGCAUUGCUAUAUCUGUCAACCAGAACCUUUAUUGGACUUGGUCACUGCUUGUGAUAGUGUAUUUGAAAAUUUGGAACAAUUAUUACAGCAAAAUAAGAAGAGAAUCAGAGUCGACAGUGAUAAAAGUAAAAUAUAUGACAAUUCCCUUAAAUAUUCUUCAAAGAAAAAUAGUUCAAAUUGUAAUGGAGAAGAAAAGAAAUUAGAUCAUCCAUAUUCUGGUGCUCUCACUUAUUCUUAUAAAGCAUUAAUGGUGCCAAAAGUACUGUUGAAAAAAACAAAAAAGCUUGUUGAAACCACAACUAACAUGAAUGCUAGUUUUGUAAAGUUUCUCAAGGAGGCAACUGAAAAUUCUGAAAUAAACAGAACAGUACAUAUACGUCAGUUGAAGGCUUUUAAAUCUGUAUUAAAUGACAUAAAAAAGGCUCAUGCAGCAUUGGAGGAAAGUCUGAACCUGGAGAUUCAAAAUCUCGGUGCUAAAUUCAAACAGAAACAUAGCAAAGAGAAAGAAACAGAAAUUAAAACGAGUAACAGUGAAAUGAAAAGAACAGAAGGAAAAGAAUUCAAAGAAACUAAGAUUGUAUCAGAAAUCAGUGAGCAUUCCAGUGAUCAGAGUGUGCCAGUAACAGAACGGACGGGAAACAAAAAAAUGAACUGUAAAGAUAAAAAGUCUGGCAAAAGUGAAGACCUUCAAUAUAACCCUAAUAACAUUGAAGCAACAGAUAUGGAUAUUGUUUCUGUUCCCUCAUCUGUUCCUGAGGAUAUUUUUGAGUCCUGUAUGGAUGUGCAGAAAGCAGGUGUACAAAGUACUGUAAACAGAACAGAACCUGGUUCAGUAAAUACUAAUAAAUCUAAAGAUAGUAAAGGUGGGACUAAGUUGAUACAUUCUCCCAAAGUUAAGAAGGAAUUGGUUGUAAAAUUGACACCAGUUUCCUUCUCUUGUUCUUCUGUAAAAUCUGAGGACCCAGAUGAAAAACUGGAAAAGGGAGAGGACAAAGAAGAUGGAAAAGAAAAUUGUAAUACUGAAUGUAUACCAGAAAAAGAUUUCGUUCCACAGGUAGAAGAUCAUGAUCUCAGAAGGUCUCCACGAGUUAAAACUACACCUUUAAGGCGUCCAACAGACAUAAAUACCUUAACUUCUAAUUCUGAAGAAGAUAGCAAUGAACCAUAUGGUGAAAAGUAUGGCAAGUCCAAAAGGAAAAAAGAAAAGCCGAGUUCUCCGAGUGGCACUAUUUGUAGUCCUCAGUCAAGCAAAGGGCUUACUAUAGACCAGAGUUCUGAUUCUGAUGAAAUACCCGCUGUUCUCCAAGAGGUAGCCAUGAUGAGCCAUAAUUCUUCAGAUCUUGAUAGCAGCAAUGAAAUACCCAAGGAUGUGCUAAAUACAUUAAAGAAGCGAACGGUGAAGGAGGAGAAUGGAAAACGGAAAAGGAAAAGUUCUAGCUCUGGUUCAGAUUUUGAUGCUAAGAAAGGUAAUUCAAAUAAAGAUUUAGCUACUGCUAAAAAGAAACGCCAGAACUGUUCAGAUUCUUCUAAUAAUGAUUCUGAGUUGGAAAGAGAAAAUACAAAGAAAACAGAGCAAACAAGGAAAACUACAAAAGAAACUCCAAAGAGAGAGAAUUACGUUUCUAUGGAAGAGGAACUACCUGAAAAAGAAACGAGAGAAUCAAACCAGAAGCAGCAAAAUCAAUUGCCCAGUGAAGUUGAUGAAGAACUUUUAAUUUCAAAUAUGGAGAAGGCAGGCAGUUCUUUGGCAGAUACACCUGGUAAAGAGGCAUCUGUUAAAGAAAAGCAAAUGCAAGAUUUCAAAGAGAGCUCCUUGAAAGGAAAACAGAAUGUUUCAUCAAGAAAAGACAACAGCAGCACAUCAGGCCAGCAAAGCAAACUAUGGGGGAAAUUACGGGAUUUAUCUUCUGAUGAUGCAGGACGGUCCCCAAAGCAAGAACAAAGCAGUGAGUCCUCAGAUGAGAUGAAGAAAGCCAAAAAAGAAAAAGAAAGCAUAAAUGAGAGAAAGACCUCUGAAAGGAGGCAAAGUGAUUCCUGUUCUGAAAUUGAGAAGUCUUCUCCUGGCAAAGAAAGCUGUAGUGCUUCUGGAAGUAUCAGUAAAAACCAAAAAACACCUGAAGGAAAAAUAGGAAGGAACUUAAGAGAGAGAAUUUCUAAGAAACUCCAAGAUAAUGUUUCAGAUGCUGAGAAGUCUCCCUCAAACAAAGUGGGCGGUGACCCUUUGGAAGACAAUUUAAAUAAAAAGGGAGAGAAGGCUAAAGAAAAAAAGAAAAGCCCUAAAAGGAGGAAUUCAAAAAAACCAAGAGGCGAGUUACUGUCUUCUUCUGAUGAAGACUUCUAUGAGGAGAAAAAGAACAAAAAGAGAGGGACAGCCAAGAAGGGAAAUAGCAAAGCUGGCCGUAAAGAAACAGGGAAAACUGAGUUUAAAAAAGCCAAGGACGCGUCUGUCAGUGGGGCCACCUCAUCGUCAUCAAACGAAGCCGAAAAUGAAAAUUUGAAUUCAGCAGGCGAGGAAAGCAGUGAUGAGCAGAAAAUAAAGCCAGUAACAGAAAGUUUGUUGGUGGAUACAAAACUGGGAUUUUUUCAGUCUUCAGGAGAUGAAGGGGAGCACAAAUCUGCAGCUGUGCCAAUGGAAGAAGAGGAAGAUGACGAUGAUGAUCCCGAGAAUAGAAUUGCCAAGAAAAUGCUUUUAGAUGAAAUCAAAGCCAAUAUUUCCUCAGAGGAGGAUGCUUCUUCUGAUGAAGAAUCCAACGAUGGGAAGAAAAAGAAAGGAAAGCGAGCAAAAAACAUAAAUAACAGUGGAGAGAAUGAGCAAGAAGAUGACUUUGACUCGGAUUCAGAUGCUGAAGAGGCCAAGAAACCUAGAUACAGGCACCGUUUGUUAAGACACAAAUUAACAAUGAGUGAUGGAGAGUCCCAGGAAGAGAAAAAGGGAAAAUCUAAAGAGGCAAAAGAAGUUAAACGCAGAAAUAGGAGGAAGGUCAGCAGUGAGGAUUCGGGUAAUUCAGAAGCCAGUGAAUCUGGAAUUAGUGAAGAAGUGAGUGAAUCUGAAGAUGAUCAACGUCCUAGAACAAGAUCCGCCAAGAAAGCAGAAUUAGAAGAAAAUCAGAGGAGUUAUAAACAGAAGAAGAAAAGGCGACGCAUAAAGGUCCAAGAAGAUUCAUCUAGUGAAAACAGCAAGAGUAAUACUGAAGAUGACGAUAAUGAUGAUUCUAAAUCUCCUGGAAAAGGCAGGAAAAAAAUAAGGAAGAUUAUUAAAGAUGAUAAACUCAGAACAGAAACGCACAAUGCAUUGAAAGAAGAAGAGGAGAGAAGAAAACGAAUUGCAGAAAGGGAGCGUGAAAGAGAGAAACUCAGAGAAGUGAUAGAACUAGAAGAUACACCUUUGAAAUGUCCAAUUACAACUAAGCUGGUUUUAGAUGAAGAUGAAGAAACCAAAGAACCAAUAGUGCAAGUUCAUCAAAACAUGGUGACAAAACUUAAACCUCAUCAAGUAGAUGGUGUUCAGUUUAUGUGGGAUUGCUGUUGUGAAUCUGUGAGAAAAACCAAGAAAUCUUCAGGCUCUGGAUGCAUUCUGGCUCACUGUAUGGGUCUGGGAAAGACUUUGCAGGUAGUUAGUUUCCUUCACGCUAUUUUGCUUUGCGACAAACUGGAUUUCAGAACUGCUCUUGUUGUGUGUCCAUUGAAUACAGCCCUCAACUGGAUGAAUGAAUUUGAAAAAUGGCAAGAAGGCCUAGAAGAUGAUGAGAAACUUGAGGUCUCUGAACUAGCAACAGUGAAACGCCCUCAAGAGAGGAGCUAUAUGUUGCAAAGGUGGCAGGAUGAAGGAGGUGUCAUGAUCAUUGGCUAUGAAAUGUAUCGCAACCUUGCACAAGGGAGAAAUGUGAAGAGCAGAAAACUGAAAGAAAUAUUUAACAAAGCAUUGGUUGAUCCUGGCCCAGAUUUUGUUAUCUGUGAUGAAGGACAUAUACUAAAAAAUGAAGCUUCUGCUGUUUCUAAAGCUAUGAAUUCUAUCAGAUCCAGGAGAAGGAUAAUUCUUACAGGAACCCCUUUGCAAAACAAUCUCAUAGAAUAUCACUGCAUGGUUAAUUUCAUCAAGGAGAAUUUACUUGGAUCGAUUAAGGAGUUCCGAAAUCGAUUUAUAAAUCCAAUUCAGAAUGGCCAGUGUGCUGAUUCCACUCUAGUAGAUGUGAGGGUGAUGAAAAAGCGGGCACAUAUCUUAUACGAAAUGCUAGCUGGAUGUGUUCAGAGGAAAGAUUAUACAGCAUUAACAAAGUUCCUGCCACCAAAAUAUGAGUAUGUCUUAGCUGUCAGAAUGACUCCCAUUCAGUGUAAACUGUACCAAUACUACUUGGAUCACCUAACAGGUGUCAGCAACAGUGGUGAAGGUGGAAGAGGCAAAGCUGGAGCUAAACUCUUCCAAGAUUUCCAGAUGCUAAGCAGAAUUUGGACUCAUCCUUGGUGUUUGCAGCUGGAUUAUAUUAGCAAGGAAAACAAGGGCUAUUUUGAUGAAGACAGUCUUGAUGAUUUCAUAGUUUCUGAUUCUGAAGAAACGUCAGUGAGCUUAAGCUCUGAUGAAUAUACUAAAAAGAAGAAAACAAAGGGCAAGAAAUCUAAGAAAGACAGCAGUUCCAGUGGAAGUGGGAGUGACAACGACGUUGAAGUGAUUAAAGUCUGGAAUUCAAGAUCUCGGGGAGGUAGAGAAGGAGCUGUGGAAGAGCCAAUAAGCAACCCUCCAGUCAUUUUAAAGGCAGAAGAUGAAGGUAAAACGACUUCCUCCAAUCCAGGCAGCCCCGCCCCUGAUUGGUAUAAGGGUUUUGUGGUUGAUGGUGAUGCUGAAGUGCUGGAGCAUUCGGGGAAGAUGAUGCUUCUCUUUGAAAUCCUGCGCAUGGCUGAAGAACGUGGAGAGAAAGUCUUAGUGUUCAGCCAAUCUCUGAUAUCACUUGACUUGAUAGAAGAUUUUCUUGAGUUAGCAAGCCGGGACAAAGAAGAAGGAAAGCCAGUAAUAUAUAAAGGUGAAGGAAAAUGGUUCAGAAAUAUUGAUUAUUAUCGGUUGGAUGGUUCUACUACUGCUCAGUCAAGAAAAAAGUGGGCAGAAGAGUUUAAUGAUGUAACCAACAUCAGAGGUCGCUUGUUUAUUAUUUCUACUAAAGCAGGCUCCCUUGGGAUAAAUCUCGUAGCAGCAAAUAGAGUAAUUAUUUUUGAUGCUUCUUGGAACCCAUCUUACGAUAUUCAGAGUAUCUUCAGAGUGUAUCGUUUUGGGCAAACUAAACCAGUAUAUGUGUACCGAUUUUUAGCUCAGGGAACCAUGGAAGACAAGAUCUAUGAUAGACAGGUAACAAAACAGUCAUUGUCUUUCCGAGUGGUUGAUCAGCAACAGGUUGAACGCCAUUUUACAAUGAAUGAACUCACAGAACUUUACACAUUUGAACCAGAUUUACUGGAUGAUCCCAAUUCAGAAAAGAAGAAGAAAAGAGACACACCCAUGUUACCCAAAGACACAGUUCUAGCUGAACUGCUACAGAUUCAGAAAGAACAUAUAGUGGGUUAUCAUGAACACGAUUCCCUUCUAGACCACAAAGAGGAAGAAGAAUUGACUGAAGAAGAAAGGAAGGCAGCUUGGGCUGAAUAUGAAGCUGAAAAGAAGGGUCUGACAAUGCGCAUCAACAUGCCAGUGGGGCCAAACAUGUUCCCCCCCAAUUUCACAUCUCAGACUCCAUAUAUUCCUUUCAACUUGGCAGCCUUGUCUGCGAUGAGCAACCAGCAACUGGAGGACCUCAUUAAUCAAGGCAGAGAAAAAGUUGUGGAAGCAACUAACAGUGUUACUGGUGCAAGAAUUCAACCCCUUGAAGACAUUGUUUCCUCUAUAUGGAAGGAGAACCUCACCCUGACAGAGUCUCAGGUCCAGGCUUUGGCUCUGAGCCGCCAGGCAAGUCAGGAGCUGGAUGUGAAGCGUCGGGAAGCUAUUUACAACGAUGUCUUGACCAAGCAGCAAAUGCUCAUCAGCUGCGUCCAGAGGAUCCUGAUGAAUCGGCGGCUGCAGCAGCAAUUCAACCAGCAGCCACAGCAGCCGCAGCACCCGCAGCUCGCCUACCAGCAGGCUCAGCAGGCAGCCAUGAGCCACCUGAUGAUGCCCAAGCCCCCCGGCCUGAUGAUGAACCCCUCCAACUUCCAGCAGAUCGACCUCAGAGGAAUGUACCAGUCGGUUGCUGGCGCCCUGCACCCCCCGCCCCUGCAGCGAGCGCCUCCCCCCAUCGGUGGCAAGAGCCCUGGACCCUCCCAAGGGAAACCGAUGUGAUUUUGCACUAGCCACUUGAAGGAUUGUUAAAAUCGGAGAGAGAGAGAGAGAGAGAGAGAGAGAGAACUUUUUUUUAUUUUUUUAGGAAUCAGUGGCUUAACUGAACUCAACUGUAUAAAUAGUUCCCCUCCUCUUAGCCAUACCUUCUAUUUUAUUAUUUUCAUAUUGUUUUGAUAUGAUGUGCUAUCCUGUCCCAAUCUUUGUCAGUGACAUUGGCGAGAAUCUUCUUACAUGUGUUGAGUACAGGAGAUACGGAGUUGUUUUCAGUGAAAACAGCCCCUUCCGUCCCAGGAAGGGGCUUUGCGGGCUUCCUCUCCCAACUGCCAUGAAAACAGCCGUCGGACGAGAAGAGCCUUGAGAACUUCACCCAGAUCUGUAUAUUUCGGUCCUCACACCUCCAUGUACACAGCUGAGUUCUUGGUUAGAAUUGAUUCCUCAGAUGAUGGGACUCUUUUCUAUUUCUUCCCACGCGGCACACAAGACUGACCCAGAAGUCUGUUCCACUCUUUAUGAUUCGUGAUGGAAAAAUAAAGCAUAGGAACUGAAAAUGAUCUAGAGACAGUGCAAUAUUUUUAAAAAACUACCGCUCUAAAAUGUCUGAAUUACAGUUUUCUGGAAACUGUUUGCAGCCUUAAGUUAUGGCUGAGGAAACUCUCUUUUCUCUAGCCUUCUGCCACUCCUGUUUCCUCUUUGGGGACGGGACAUCCAGUACCUUUUUAUCCUUCAGCAAUGUUUUUUCAUCUCGCACCGACUCUGAUGCAAAGCACAUCUCUACCGACACCUUUAUCCUGGUGCUGGUGUCCCAUCCUGUUGCCGGUCAGUAGGGUGAGCGAGGAAGCGUGCUGAAUUCCAGGGACCUUGGUGGUUUAAAGCAGGGGCAGGAGCCCUUGGGAGGGAGACCAGCUCCAGCCUUAAUUUUGAACUGGCAGAGCCAUCGCUCUCCGAGUGUGAAGGAAGGGGCUUUCACAACCUGCAGCACUGCUGGAGUGGUGAAACAAUUCCUCCUUUUAUAGAUAGGUAUCUCUGGCUAUCUCACAUUUCUUUCCUAGUUUUCAUUCUUUUAAGAAUAUGAAGGUGAGGGAGAAAAAAACAGAUUUUUUUUUUAAUUUCAACCCUAGGAGGAAAAAAGAAUGUCCGAUUAAUUACAGCAUUAACGGCUACUUUUCAGCAUAAAAAUGGAAUUGUCAUCUAUUUUCUGUUUUGGCAACAUAAAGCUUUUUUCAUGCAUUAGUCCAUCUGAUUUUUUCAAACAGAAGAAAUUCUGGAAUGCGAGCAUGAUAAUAAAAUGACAGGUGUGUUUGUGCUACUGGAGUCAGAAGAAGAAAAUGUACAGAUGGAAGAACUGACUACAGACCAUGAAAAGUGAGAAUUACUAAUAUCUGUGGGAGUCUAAAUUUUUGGCUUUCUAUAUCAUUCUUGAGGAACAAUGCCUUUUUCUUCUCUUACCUGAAUCUUAGAAUUUAGACAGCACUGAUUUUGGAGAACAUUUUUAUUUUUAACUAGAUACUUCUUGAUUGGUGAUUGGAACAUCUGUUUUACGGGAAAAAAUAAUUGUGAGUUAUUUUUAGUUCUCUUUUCAUAGUGAAAUAGUGGGGUGAAUCUUCAGCCCAACUUCAUCCAGUGGAGUUAAUUUAUUACUUUACUUUAAAUUGGUAAAAAAGGAAAUGCUCCAAAAUUUGUGCUUACUUCGGAAGAAACAAAAUACAGACUUUCUGAGACAAUUGUUUGAAAGCAAAUAUAUCUGUCCAGAACAUUCCUACAUUUUCUGAGUUGAGAAUUUCUAAAGAUUUAAUAUGAAAUUUAGGCAACAUUUUAAAAUCCCAUUAUUUUUCCCACAACAAGGAGAUACCCGAUGUGGAUGAGGAUGUCUUCGAGACUUGGACCACUUACAUAUUUCUCACAACAUUAUAGCUGCACAAUAAUGUGCUUUUGAGUAUAACAUCAAGCUUUAAUCAAUAUUUAAAGACAGAAAACAAAAACUCAUUUUUAUAUUUGUUUUAGAUGUUUUCUCUAGUUGAAAUGGCUUAUAUAAGAUGAUGAAUAAAAUGUUGCUUGUAAUACAAUUUUGCCUGCUAAAUUCUCCACAUUUUGUAACCUGUUUAUUCCUUUGGAUGUAAAGCGUUUUUGCUUAGUAUUGUGAUCCUGUACAUGUUUUUGUCCCAGUUGUAUAGUAAUGUUUCAGUUCCUUGACCAGCUUUGGCUGCUGAAUCAUACAGCUGUGAAAAUUUGGCCUUCAUUUCUGUUUAGAUGGCUUUUUCAGUUAUGUAUUAAAUAUCAUAAAAGUACUGUAGAAAAGAUGUCACUUCUUCCUAUAAGGCUGUUUUGUAAAAUAUAUAUUAUGGACUGGAAAUUGUUUUUAAAGAAAAGCAUUCAAGUAAGACAGUAUGCUAUCUGUGUUUUCACCAUUCAAAGUGCUGUUUGGUAGUUGAAACUUAAAAUAUUUAAUAUCUCAUUUAAUAAAGUGACCAAAAUACA